CCGUCACCAGGAUACCGCUCGGCUGCUGUUCUCUCUCGCUACCAAUUGUUCACAUCAGGGAAUGAAAAUUUCAACAGUGAAAAAUGAUGGCUGACUUUGAUAAAGAUUCUGUACAGUGUUGUUUGGUCUGUAACACUAAAAUUGGGCUAUCUAGUAGAAAUAGCGUCCACAUCUUUAAUGAGCCUUGUACCAUAUCUAAAAAGCCGCUCGUGGAUGUUAUAUCAACUGUUUUAAGCAUCAAUAUCAGUCAAAACUCUGUACAUUCUCCUAUCAUUUGCAAAAAGUGUUUUAAGCAGUUCAGUGAGGUGGAUGAACUUUUAAGUAAAGUAACGAAACUCAAAAUACAAUUAUGUAAUAGCUAUAAAAAGACAAUUGAAGUUCAUAAGUUGUGUGAUAUACUUCAAAAUGAUGAGGAAUAUAAUGAUCAUGAUUAUACAGACAAUACAGAAGGUCAAUGUAUUCUAUACGAGAAAGUGCAGGAAAUACAGGAAAAUGUAGCAGAAGAGGUUACUAAAGAAGAAAAAGAACAAGAAAUGAUUGUAGAACAAGAUGAUUCUUUCUUACAUUACUUUGAAGAAGUUGAAGAAGAAGAUGAAACAAGUAAUUCAAAUGAUACUAAGAAAUCAAAGAAGACUAAAGUUAAAGUGGAGCAACCUCAAGAAGAUAUUGUACUUAGAAAUAACUCUUCAUACACCUGUUUGGUAUGUCCAAACGAAGAAGAGAAAUUCACGGCAGAUGCUAAACUCAUUAUAGCUCACAUGAAAGACUUACAUGACUUACGUUUGUAUAUUUGCGAUGUGUGUGGGCAGGAUUUCAGAAAGAGAAACGAACUUUCCACACAUCUUGAUGAUCACGUCGCAAAGGAGGAAGGGGACUUUCAAUGUGAAAUAUGUAAUAGAAUAUUUAGUAAUCUGCGAUUAUUCCGUAUUCAUAAAAGAAUACAUUAUCCACAAGUAAAAUCAUGGCCCUGUGAAACAUGUGGAAAGAAAUACAAUUCUAAAAAUUUAUUAGAGGAACAUAUAAACUCACACAAUGGUAUUCGUCCAUAUAUAUGUGAAAUCUGUGGUAAAGACUUCGCAUCUAAGUAUACAUAUAAAGCGCAUGUAAAAACGCACGAAGUACGACCUCGUCCAUUCGAGUGCACUCAAUGCAAUAAAACAUUUUUGAAUCAGCAAAAUUUGAAUCAGCAUGAACGAACACAUAAUGGUACAAAAGAAUUUGUAUGUCAUCAGUGUGGUAAAGCUUUUACUUCCGCACACAAUUUAGAGGUACAUAACAUAGUACACACCGGAUUUAAACCCUAUGACUGUGGUACAUGUGGUAAAUCAUUUGCGCGUAAAGCGGAAAUUCGUGAUCAUGAGAGAACUCACACAGGUGAGAAACCUUACCAGUGUGAGUUUUGUGGAGCUACAUUUAGCCAGAGAUCGAAUUUACAAUCCCACAAGCGAGCAACACAUUACAAUGAUAAACGAUAUAAAUGUGACGAAUGUGGAAAAGGUUUUAAAAGAAAAAGGUUAUUGGAUUACCAUAUAAAAGCGGCACACACCGGUGAAAGACCGUAUAAGUGUGAUAUAUGUUCAGCUACAUUUGUCUAUCCUGAGCACUUUAAGAAGCAUACACGUAUACAUACAGGCGAGAAACCAUACCUUUGCGAGGUUUGUGGCAAAGCAUUUAAUAGCAGAGAUAACAGAAACGCUCAUAGAUUUAUACAUAGCGAUAAAAAGCCAUAUGAAUGUUUGGUAUGUGGUAUGGGCUUCAUGAGAAAACCAUUACUUUACUCACACAUGCAAGCUCAGGGUCAUUUAAAUGAUACCAUAGUAGUGAAUCAACCGCGACUGACAACAGAAGAACAAGUAAUAACGAUUCCUAAUAAUAAUGGUGAAAUAUUGAUGGAUAAAAUGGAAAACGGAGAGUUGGGUGAAACUGGAUUAUAUGUAACCGAAAUGAAAGAUCAUGUAAUUAUACAAGAAGGGGAAGAUCAUAUAUAUAAUGAAGAAGAUGUUGUAUUAAAUAUACCGGCGGAAGAAACCGUAACUGACGAAGUAAACCAUCUUGUUGAAGAUCAGAUAAAUUUUGUUGAGAGUGAAGUUACUACAGACUGUAAAGUUGAAACUGAGGUAGAAACGGUAUAUACUUAUAACGAGAAUGAGGAAGGUGAGACGAUAGUUGUACCAUCCACUUCAGAAGGAGAAGAGAAGAAUGUGCGAUUAGUGCAGAUUAGAUUUCCGACUUCUGUAGAUGGAGAAGGCAGAAGCUGGUUAAGCUUAGUACAAAAUACUUGAAUUAAUCGAUACGCUGCAUCUAUUUAUUAGAUACAGAAAGUAGGUACAGACAAUACAGAAUCUAGAAGCAGGAUGUAAGACUGAUGAGCUUUCUACAAUAAACUAUUACCUCUCUUUGGACUUUAAGUCUUAAUGGAAU